UGACGUAUUCCCCAGCUGCCCGGUGCAGUGUUGUUUUGCUAGCGGCUUUUCCAAACAUCAAACAUCACAUUUCUUAUUGAAAACAAACCAGAGGACCGUGGUGGUGCAGCUUCAGGGAUGCACACAUCGGUGCGUGAAAUCCUCGUCUCUUCAGAGCCUGACUCCUCCUACUUCUUGCGCUUGGACUGGGAGGGGCGGGACUUAGCUUCAGGCUUCCAGUGCACGCUGACUGAUGGACAGGCUGCAUGGAGAGGAGCAGUUAGCGAGGCGGCGGUGUGCAGUGAAGCCGAGGAGCUGGAGAUGCAGAUGGAGCGCUACAUCCAGGACCUCCAACGGGCGCUGACGACGGCAGAAAGCUCCACCUCCUACAGCUUUAGCCUGACACCAAGUCCACCAACCCACAGCUCCGCGGUAACGCUGUCGUACGAGAAGAUGCAGAAGGACCUCUCAUUCAGGUUGGGCUGCGUGAUGCUGGAGGCCGUUGCAGAGCCAGCGGAGGCAGUGAGGGAGUUACUGACUCACAGUCUGCACAAAGGAAACACUCUGCAGCACCACAACCAGAAACUGCAGGAGGAGAACCAGAGACUGAGACGAGAACAGCAACGCAUCGCUGCAGAGCUGAAGCGUUAUGCUCAUGGUAAAGAGGCCCUGGAGGCAGAGCUGUACUCUCGCUUUGUCCUGGUCCUAAACGAGAAGAAAGCCAAGAUCCGCAGUCUGCAGGAAACCGUCACCACGCUGCAGGACACAAGGACUUCGGACAAGCAGAAGAAGAGGGAUCCAGAGCAGUCAGACCAAACAGCAGGUCAGGACGAUGAAUAUGGAGGCAGCACAGAUGAGGAGCCAGAGGAGGUGCAGCCGGCUCCAGCCUCCGAUUUACAAUCCCGGGCGUCCUCUACUCCGAGCCCAUUGGAUGACAGCCUGCGUGACAUCACAGAUGUGGCUCCAUCUCGAAAGCGUCGCUUCCGUCAUCUUGGGGCUUUAGGACCCACAGUUAAGAGACUGGACCCAGAGACAUCUCAGAGGACCAGCAGCGACUCUGCAGGAUCCAGUAAGCUGCUGACUCCCCAGCGCUCUGCAGAUGCUGCGGCAGCAAGUUCAGCAGUCGAGGACCUGUUUGAGGACUUCUAACUGCAGACCGCUGCACAUGAACACGACUACAGCAUGGAUUUAUAUAGGCAGGAAUCAUAUUUUUGGAUGGAAUGAACGGAUUCAGGGUCUGUUUAUAUGGAACAGUGCAAACACAGGGUGACAUUACAGUAAAGGACAAUAAAUGGGCGUCAAGUGUGUGAAACUGGGGUUGUCUGAUAUUUGGUAGAAGUUUAAAAUUGAUAAUAAUAGUUAAUAAAUGACUGGCCAAUGUUUUUUUUACCUGUAAAAAUUAGUAAACAAAAAUCUGUGUGUAUUUUAAACACUGGAAAGGUUUUGCUUUUGUACCAUGCUUCACGGACAGAUUUCUAUAUAUUUAUAAUUUUGUCAUUUUAAUAUUUGUGCCAAUAAACUGCAACACCUCAAAGCACAAUGAUGUCAGUCGAGAGAGAAUUACUAAAGGAAAGCCAGAGGUCUUCACAGGUCCUCUUGGUUCUGAGUUAACCCUCAAACAUCAAUGUAAAAAUGUUACACAGAGAUCCUUAAGGACAAAAAUACCCUCGUCUGUAAAAUAUUUUCCACUUUCACAGAGUUAGACGUCUUACCCACCAUCUUCUUCUCCUCCAUAUUUCCAUGAUUGUUUAAUGAAUGACUUCAAUUCCAUCGUCAGUGAGAGAUGAGUGCCAUACUAUUAGCUAGUUUUUAUCUUAUCAAGUGUAAAUUUGUUUAAAUUACAUAAAUGUGUUAAAUUUUGCUCACAUCUCGCAUUUAAAGUGGGUUCUCAGUAAAGGAGACGAUUUUUUAUGUCCUUGUUAUGAGGAGAGACUGUAAGGAGAUAUUCCGUCAUUCACGCUUUUCUCAUAGUCAUUAAAAUAGUUAGUUUUUGA